GUGGCCAACCGCGUCUUGAACCGACCCAACGCUCUUCACCACCCGCUCGAAUCGCUUAGCCUGCAAUUAGUUUUCCGUACACCCCUUGAAUUCAGAAUGCCACGGAACAUCCAUAAGCAGAAGGAGACAUCGUCCUCUGACAACGGACCCGUCGACGCACGGAUAUUAAUGCGCGGGCGACGAGGCGGUCUCAAAGACAUGCUCAAGAUGCCGCUCGACAUAAUCUAUGAGAUCUGUCUGGCACUCCACCCACAAGACCUAUUGAGUCUUUGUCGGACAUCAAAAUCAUUUCAUACGUUCUUGAUGAAGAGAAGUUCCGUAUGGUUAUGGAAGGGCUCGUUGAAGAAGAUUGAAGGGUUUCCUGCAUGCCCAAAGGGUUUCAUCGAACCUUCUUGGAUCUCCCUCGUAUUCUGGCCCAUCUGCACGAGAUGCCGGAAGGCAGACGCUCCCACUGUACACUGGGAAUUCUUAGCGCGAUGGUGCAAGAAAUGCACGAAGGAAAUGGUCAUUGCCGAAAACAGGACGGACAAGAUCCUGAAUGAAUACCUGGCACUCGACUUCGACAAGAUACCUAGGGAUGUGUUCUUGUCGGCCAAGAUCCCCGGCAUUGGUGUUCCCUGCUAUCUCCAGGACGAAGUCCAUCACAUUGCGCAUGCUUUUUGGAAACUGCACAAAUGGCAAAAGGACGAGGCAGCCGCGCUCGCCGAUAAGUAUACCCGACGAGCGAACCGGCACCGUGAGUACGCGUCCUUGUGCAAGAAAUGGGCGGACAACGAGGAGCGCAUGCAAAGCGAGGAACGUAAAGCGAUGGUUCUUAAACGUCUGGAAGACACGGUAUCGAGGUUGCGCACACUCGGAUGGGACAAAGAACUCGAUUUUAUACAGGCUCGCCAAUAUAAGCCUUUGUCAGAUCAUAAAUUCGUACGCGUUGGGAAGAGACUCUCCGACCAAGUUUGGCAGAAAAACGAAGAGGAGAUGGUCCAUCUCAUGAAAAACGUCCGCAAUGAACGCCUCGAGCACGACUACACGGUCGUGCUCAGCGAGCGCUGGCAUGUCCUGGAGAGCGUGGUGAAAGAGUUUCUGGACCAAUACCUCUGCGAUCAUCCGGAGAUACUGGACUACGGGUUCAAUAUCGCCGAUCUCGCGCUGACCAGGGAAUAUCGGGAGGUGAUGUGUGUGCCUGCCGACCAGGUCGUGGACCGAGCAACUUUCCUUGCGCUGAAGGGGAAGACGGACACGAUCGUCCGAAGAUGGCGAAACAACGUACGGAAGCAUUUUCAUGGGCUUUUCGCCCAGUACGACGUCGGGACGCGUAAUCAUUCGGACCCACUGGAUCUUGCAACAACGCUGUUUAUUGACCUGAGGUCUGGCCAGCGCGUAUUUUUCCCACAAGUGGUCGCCCGUAACUCGCGCCUUGCCACAUCUAAGGACGGUAGAGACGCAUACGAGAAGUUUGUCUAUGGCCUAAAGGACAUACACUGUUCUGUCAUCUGCAGUAUGCUUCGACCGUUGCAACCUACUGGCGUCGAGAUCAUGCAAGAAGUCAUACAGCUCUGCGGAAAGGACCCGGCCACGGCAACUGCGAAGGCCAUGGAUACACUGGAUGUCCGAUUGGUCGACGAUUUUGCGGGGAAAUUCGUGACCUGGCGUGGUGCAGUGACUGAGGCCUCCCGUGGCGGCGCACAGAAGUGGCGACUAGUUAGUCGUCACGAGAUGGCGAAGGUGAAGCAACACGAGAUGUUUGUUCUGAACAAAGAGAAGCUAUGGGCCUGCGCGAGGUGUGAGGCACGGCGCUUGCCCGUCACGCGAGAGGUAGUUUGGGCACAUCUGUGUACGGAGUGAGCAUACCUUCGACUCCUCCGUCGACGUGCCUAACUGUACCGUUAUACAGACACGGCAUCGAACAUCCAUGUAUUGAAGACGCAGACGUCAAG